AAUGACAGAAGCUAUUGUCAAAUCUGGAAUUUAAAAUUCUGACUAUAAGAUCAACCAUAAUUGUUGAAACAUGGGGUUAAAAAUAACGAAGUUUUGAAUUCGAAAUGUAGUAAUUGAAUCUAAAAAUUAUGAUUUGAAAGUAAAAAUGGGAACAGACGAGUUAAAUCGGCCAGACGCUUCAAAUACGAGUCUGAAGCAGAAAUUGAAACAAAAUAUAUUGAUUGUUGGAGUAAUAGUCGGAGUAUCUCUGAUCAUCCUUGGAAUAAUAUUAAUAAGUUGUGCUUUUAAGACGGACGGAUAUGAAAUUAUUGAAGAUUAUACAGACUGUGUCAAUUACAGAAGUCCAGAUGUGAAAUGCAAGGAUUCUUUAAAAGUUAAUUCACAAGUGUGUUCCUGUUUUCUACGAAUAAAUGUAGAACAACUGAUGAAAGCUCCUGUGACUCUGUUCUACGAACUGGAGUCAUAUGCUGAUAUAACAAGCAAGUACGCCAACUCAAGGGAUGAUAAUCAGCUGGCUGGUCAGCUGAUCACAACUUCGUCCAGCUGCGAUAACUACACUUACGUCGCCACGACGGAAGGCAAGAAGCUCAUCGCACCCUGUGGAGCUCUUGCGGACGCUAUGUUCAAUGAUACGUUCAGCAUGCAAAUAAACAACACAUACUUGAUAGGUAUCCGAACUGGUUUGUUAUCGGAAGAAGAAAAGAAACCUUAUCACAAUCCACCAGGAGACCUCAAUGCGGUUUUACAGAAUUACGCGAAACCGAUUAACUGGAGAGAUAACAUUACGAUGCUAGAUGAAGACCAUCCUGAAAAUAAUGGAUUUCAGAAUGAGGCGUUCAUUGCGUGGAUGAAGACGGACUUGCAUCGUAAACCGGUGAUGCGUAUUAACCAUACGGGGUACUACGAACAAGGUCUGCCUCCGGCCAAAUACGUGAUACGAGUUAGAUAUGGUAAGUCUAUUUGUGAGAAAUUUAAAUCAUCAAAUUGCUUCUACCGCCAGUGUGUUAAACUCGUACUAACUGGAAACUAACCCACUCGAUCUCUUCCCCUGUGACGUACCCACCGUGCAAGUAUGGCCUUGCCCGCGAU